UUGAAAAUUUUCUAAAACUUACGAAUUUAUUUUGACAAAUUAAAUGAAAAGAAAAGAUUAAUGGGUAGUUGGGUGUGGGCCACGCGGGGAACGAACUCUAAACAUGGGAACGAAUGGUAGUGUCGGUGAUGAAUGAUGAUGAUACUCAUAGAUAAUUAGUGGAACUCAGAUCAGAUCAGAUAGUAAUUAAUUAUUAUAACUUGAAUUCAAAUUUACAGAAAUCAAUGCGUGUUGUCGGUUGCAACACAAGUCAAAAUCCUCUUCUUAAUUCAACACCGAUAAUAUUACUCCGACGUCACAUUUUUUAAUUGUAGCGACUGAGUUAGUUGUACUUCCAUUGCACUCGCCAUUUUCCAUACACAAGAUUCUCUUCAUUCUCAAUUUCUCAUCACAUUAUCGUUUUCGCAAAUCUAGGGUUUCACAUUUCUCCUCCACUAGAUCUAGCCGUAGAUCACCGUCAAAUAACCAUCCUCAUCGAAUGCCGCUUCAAUUCCUUUGAAUUCGUCUUCAUCGGAACUCUUUUCUGAUAUUUGCAAAAUGAAUAUCGUCAGUCCUGUUACUCCCGGUCAGGUCUCGUUCUUGCUCGGGAUCAUUCCGGUGAUUAUAGCAUGGAUAUAUUCCGAGAUGUUGGAGUAUCGGAAAAAUACUUUAAUUUCCAAAGCUAGGCAUUCGGACAUAAACUUGGUUGAAGUGGGCAGUGGUGUUGUUAUUAAAGAUGAAGAGGAAGCAGUUUUAUUGGAGGGAGGAGGUAAACAGCCAGCUUCCCCAACUACAAAAACUCGAAGCUCAACUGCCUCACCAUCAAUUAUCCGAUUCCUCUUGUUGGAUGAACAUUUCCUUAUUGAAAACCGUUUGACACUUAGAGCCAUGUCUGAAUUCGGUCUUCUUUUGGCUUACUACUAUUUGUGCGAUCGCACAGAUUUCUUUGGCUCAUCAAAAAAGAGUUACAAUAGGGAUCUAUUCAUCUUCCUCUAUUUUCUCCUCAUCAUAGUUUCAGCAAUAACUUCAUUUACAAUACAUCAUGACAAGUCACCAUUUUCUGGGAAAUCCAUACUUUACUUAAAUAGGCAUCAGACUGAAGAAUGGAAAGGCUGGAUGCAGGUAUUGUUUUUGAUGUACCAUUACUUUGCUGCAUCUGAAAUCUACAAUGCAAUUCGUUUGUUCAUUGCUGCAUAUGUUUGGAUGACUGGAUUUGGAAACUUCUCAUAUUAUUAUAUUCGUAAAGAUUUUAGCAUGGCAAGAUUUGCUCAGAUGAUGUGGCGGCUUAAUUUCUUGGUAUUGUUCUGUUGUGUUGUACUUAACAACAGUUACAUGUUAUACUACAUCUGCCCCAUGCACACUCUUUUCACUCUUAUGGUUUAUGGGGCACUCGGUAUUUUCCACAAGUACAAUGAGAUUGGGUCAGUCAUUGCUGCAAAAAUUAUUGCUUGCUUCUUGGUUGUUAUUUUUGUAUGGGAGAUACCUGGAGUAUUUGAAUGGGUUUGGAGUCCAUUUACUUUCCUGCUAGGUUAUACUGAUCCUGAUCCAUCUAAAUCACAUUUUUCCCGCUUGCAUGAGUGGCAUUUUCGCUCAGGGCUUGAUCGCUAUAUUUGGAUAAUUGGAAUGAUAUAUGCUUAUUAUCAUCCAACUGUUGAACGGUGGAUGGAAAAAUUGGAGGAAACAGAAAUUAAACGCAGAAUAUCAAUCAAAGCUUCUGUUGUGCUAAUAUCUUCAGUGAUGGGUUAUUUAUGGUUUGAGCAUAUAUACAAGCUGGACAAAGUUACUUAUAACAAAUACCAUCCUUAUACCUCGUGGAUUCCUAUAACGGUUUACAUAUGCUUGCGCAAUAUUACACAAAGUUUUCGUAGCUAUUCGCUGACCCUUUUUGCGUGGCUUGGGAAGGUUACCCUGGAGACUUACAUAUCCCAGAUUCAUAUUUGGUUAAGAUCAGGCAUUCCAGAUGGUCAACCCAAAUUGUUACUUUCCCUGAUCCCAGACUACCCAAUGUUGAACUUCAUGCUUACUACUUCCAUAUAUGUUGCAAUCUCCUAUAGGCUCUUUCAGCUGACCAAUACACUGAAAAAUGCAUUUGUGCCUGGCAAAGAUGACAAGCGUCUGAUUCACAACCUAAUUACCGGGACAACAAUCUCAGUUGUUUUAUAUACCUUAUCCUUUGUCUUCCUUAUGAUACCCGAAGUCUUUGUUUGAGUAUUUAAACAUGUAUAGUAGAGGUUGCAAGCUUGUGCCAGUUUCCGAUGGACAAUGAAGAAAGCUGUGCAACUGAUGCAAUUGGUUUGUCAUAUCAAAUAUUUCCCAAAAGAUGUAAGUCUUCACACUCCCCUACCACCUACCAAAAACAUCUACAAAAGGAGGGACCCUUUCCUUCUAAUAGGCUAGUUACUGCAAUUUAGAGAGUUGGAAGUUGUAUAGAAUAUAGUUGAGAAGAGGGCGGUGGAUGGCAUGCCUUUUAUUAGUUAUGCAACCUCAUUCUUUUUGUUAGUGUUGUAAAAUAAUAACACUUGUAAUAUCAUUUGCCAUUUAUGUCAAAUAGUGGGUACCAUUUUUAGACUUGCUUGUGGUAGACUGUUUACCAAAAGAGCUAACAAGAGUUUGUUUGGGAGUAAAGAGGGAAAGGGUGGGGAAGACUUUGGAGGAAAGGCGAGGAGUGGAAAGGACAUAAUUCUUCACUUUUUUGGGAGUGUUACCAUAUAUAAGGGGUGAGAUAAAAUACAUGAGUAUUUUUGUUGUAGAGAUUAUCAUAAAGAGAAAUAAUGAAUUCGAAAAU